AUGGCCCGACUUCAUGCUGCUGCUCUACUCUUUGCUCUCGCGGCUCCGGCCCUGGCGCAAAACUGCUCGGCGCCUGGUCCCGGCAACAACACGGCCAGCGUGCACUUCAAGGCUGUUUCGGACUACCUCGACUUGAUCUCGGACGACCUGUGGCCGCUCAACAAGGAAAUUCAUGACAACCCUGAGCUGGGAUACGAGGAAGUGCAGGCGCACGACCUUCUCACGUCCUUCAUGGAAAGCCAGGACGGUUGGAACGUGACGCGGUCACUGGGCGGGAUCGACACGGCCUUCAUGGCCGUCUUUGAGGGCAGCGGAGAGGGUCCUGUCGUGUCUUUCAACGCAGAGUAUGACGCUCUCCCGGGCCUCGGCCAUGCCUGCGGCCACAACCUCAUCGCGACAGCCUCGGUCGGCGGCGCCCUCGCCACGGCGGAGAUUAUGCGCGCCGAAAGCCUGGCUGGCCGGGUGAUACUCUUCGGCACGCCAGCGGAGGAGUCUCUCGGCGGCAAGGUCAAGAUGCUUGAAGCCGGUCUCUUCGACGAUGCACAGAUCGACAUCAGCCUCAUCUCGCACCCAACGGCCGGCAACGACAGCCCAUACAUGAUCACGACGGCGACGGACCGCUUCGACGUCGAGUACCACGGCCGCGAGGCCCACGCCGCCGCGGGCCCGUGGGAGGGCAUCAACGCGCAGGAUGCGCUGCUCGUCGCCAACACGGCGCUCGGUUUCAUGCGCCAGCAAAUGCGGCCCAGCGACAAGGUGCACGGCUUCAUCGCGAGCGGCGGCAGCCGCAUCAACGUCAUCCCCGCGCUCGCGACGGCGUCAUACCAGAUCCGCUCCAACGACGCCGAGCAGCUGGCCAACUUUACCGAGCGGUGUCGUCGCGGUGCUUCGAGGCCGGCGCGCUGGCGUCGGCGCCGAGAUGAACCUGACGAUGCGGCCUAUGGCUACGCCAACAUGGUGUCCAACGACGCGCUGGCGGGGUCGUACACGACGUGGUUCGAGGGUCUCGGCGGCGAUAUCGAGGACCCUGUCAUCGACAAGAAGCGUGAUCCUUCAGGCAGCACGGACCAGGGCAAUAUCAGCCAUGACUUCCCUUCCAUCAGCCCCUACUUCGGCAUCACCAAUGAGGACGGCAGCCAGCCGGCGGGCGGGCCGCACACGACAGCUUUCGAGGUCGCUUCUGGCAGUCGGGCGGCGUUUGACAAGGCCAUCAUGGUAGCCAAGAGCCUUGCCGGUGUGGCUGUUGAUGUGCUGACGGUUGAGGGGCUGCUUGAGAAGAUCAAGGAGGAGUUCGAGCAAACCAAAAAGUCCAGCAAGAGGAAGGCUCGCCGCUAG